CUGGGAGUUUCGUAACUAUCACAAUAUUGUACUAAAAGUGCUACAUGUACAAUAAGAUUAAACAACUGCUUUUGCCGAGCACAGUAGGACUCCGGUAGCGUCAUGUGGCGGUCCACUGUAUUUACGCUCUCACUAUGUGCACUCGCGGCGUCUCUCAACCUAGAACAUUUAGACCCAACGAAACUACAGACCGUCGCACCCCCUGAGGUCCAAGAACAAGCAGCCUUAGAAGUUAUCAGAGGAUAUUUGCAACAAGUAACGGUCGAAAUAGAUCCGUCUUUAUUCGUCAACAAAAAAGAUUCGUUCCAUAUAAAAACGCGCGGAGGGCAACUCAACAUUAAAGCGAGCACAGGAGUGGCUGCUGUCUGGGGUUUCAACUAUUACCUGAAGAAGUACUGCAAGAGUCAGGUGGAAUGGCAGACCAAGAACGUCAGGAUACCAGAUCCGCUGCCCGAGGUCAAUGAAGUGGUAAUCGCUAAUGACAGAUUCAGAUACUACCAAAAUGUUUGUACCGCGUCCUAUAGCUUCGUUUGGUGGAACAUCUAUGACUGGAGGGCGCAUGUGGAGUGGAUGGCCCUCAAUGGCAUCAACCUGGCUCUGGCCCCCGUAGCUCAGGAGGCUGCCUGGUCGCGAGUCUACCAGCAGAUCGGAAUGACACAGGAAGAAAUAGAUAAACACUUCACUGGCCCAGCAUUCUUGUCUUGGCUGCGAAUGGGCAACGUUCACGGCUGGGGAGGCCCCUUGCCAAAGUCCUGGCAUGAGAAACAAACGGAAAUUCAAAAUGACAUCAUCAAGAGAAUGCGUAAUCUUGGAAUUAUUUACGUUUUGCCUGCUUUCAACGGUCACGUUCCAGUGUCAUUGCCGAAAUAUUAUCCCAAUAGCACUUAUUAUAGAGUAGAUCAGUGGAACAAAUUCGAUAGUACAUACUGCUGCGACUUUUUCCUCGAUCCAUUUGAUCCUUUGUUUACGGCCAUAGGAAAAAUGUUUUUGAAAGAAAUCACCAGAGACGUGCCCCCAAGUCACAUAUACACAGCUGAUCCUUUUAACGAAGUCAAAGUGUCACAAUUUUCAACGCCAUUCGUUCAAGAGACAGCGAAACAAAUUUACAAGACUAUUUUGGAAUUUGAUCAAGACGCAGUAUGGCUUCUUCAAAAUUGGAUGUUUGUUGACACUCCUCUUUUUUGGCCUUUAAAGAGAGUGGAAGCUUUUAUUACUUCUGUACCAAAUGGUAGGAUGCUUAUACUGGACCUCCAGUCAGAGCAGUGGCCUCAGUAUGAUCUGUAUCAAAUGUAUUUCGGACAACCUUUCAUCUGGUGCAUGCUGCACAACUUCGGAGGCACACUUGGCAUGUUUGGCAACAUGGUGACUAUAAACAAAAACGUUUACGAGGCGAGGCUGCAGACGAAUAGCACUAUGAUCGGCAUAGGUCUCACGCCUGAAGGCAUCAACCAGAAUUAUGUGGUUUAUGACUUAAUGUUGGAGUCCGCCUGGCGACAAUCCCCCGUGCGAGACCUUGACGCGUGGGUCGCUGACUAUGCGGAGCGACGAUAUGGUUGCAAGUCGGCUGCCGAAGCUUGGAAGUAUUUGCUCAAAAGUGUUUACAGUUUUAACGGAAUCAACCGAGUGAGGGGCAAGUACGUCGUCACUAGAAGGCCUAGCUUUAAAUUAAAACCCUGGGCUUGGUACAGAAGCUACGAUUUAUUCGAGGCGUUUAGGCACCUAGUCUACAUUGACGAUGACAAUUGUAGCUCUGAUGGUUUUUGGUAUGAUGUUGUCGACGUGACGCGCCAAGCACUUCAAUACAGAGUGGAACAACUUUAUGUGAACGUCGUCAAUGACAGACUCACGAAUACUUUCAUAUUCGACGCGUCCAUCAAGCGAUUCCUCGAUGCGCUUAGCGAUAUGGGGAGUAUACUAAAUGAAAAUGAACAUUUUUCGGCUUAUAAAUGGUUCCAAAAGGCCAGAAGUUUAGGAAAUAGCUCAGAUGAAGCUGAUUUGUACGAACUAAACGCGCGCAACCAGAUUACCUUAUGGGGACCAAACGGAGAGAUUUCUGACUACGCAUGCAAACAGUGGGAUGACUUACUAAAAUACUACUACUAUUUUAGAUGGUCAACUUUUCUAAGUGCUGCAUUGAAAGCGAAGCAGAAUGGUGAAGAUUUUAAUGAAAAAGCUACGCGUCGAGUCGUGACGUCUGAUGUGGAAGUACCAUUUGUUACCACCUGGACCAAUUAUUAUCUUGGAACAACUAGAUCAUUAUCUUCUACUCUAGAUAUGGCCAAAAGUUUGUAUAGAAAGUGGGCGCUAGCUCCCGACGUUGAAGACUUGCCGAUUGUCAUAAUCAAGCCGGAUAAUGGUAGUGGAAUGAAUGUGGAAGAAGUGAGCCCCAAUUGCGAAACUCCAAGUGUUAUAAUAGUCUCUACCACGCCUGUUAAUUAAUAUUGACGUAUAUUUGCUUGUGAGUGUAUUUCUAACAUUACAAGUUGAUUUACCUAUGCGCUGUCCCUCUAAAUAUUAUCUCAGCAUCUGCCUAGCCAUAUGCACAAUAAUGUGGGGACGGCUUCCAGUCUAACUGGAUACAGCUGAGUACUAAUGUUUUACAAGGAGCGAUUGCCUACUUGACUUCUUCAACCCAGUUACAAAGGCAACCCAAUACCCCUUGGUAAGACUGGUUGUCAGACUUUUUGGUAUCUGACUGUCAAA